UAGGAUAUAAUGGGAACGGAUUGUCUCCGGCUCUAUUUUUUACCGGAGUCGGACCGGAACCGCAACGAUCAUGCAUCUGGUGUAUUUGGGCCCAUAUCACUCCUGCAUCAUGUGAGUAAACAGCAUUGGCGCCGCAUGUACUUCAAGGUGCCUCGGAUGAUUCUAUAUCAGAAUAUUACAAAAGACGAGUGGACACAGGCGUUCAUUGGACCGCGCCGUUUAUUGGCAUAAGCUUCGGCAACUCCUUCACAACAAACAUACCGUUAAGUAUCAUUUAGUGAAAGCACAACAAAAUAAUCUCUAAAAAAAAAAAAGAAAAAAACGUUCACAAAACAAAAGCGCUUCAAUCUGUAUUAAUGAGGCCCUAUUUUCACACAGUUAAACAACAGUGCAAAGAGAACUGGCAUUCCUAAUCAAAAUAGCUAUGCAACAUACACAUAAAACUUACUCAGACUUUGGUCAAACUCUAUUCAAACAUUUCGUUUAGUUCAACAAAUACACUGGAUGGCAAUAUUUAUUCACAACAUACAAACUACCAGAGGUCAAGUACGUUGUGAAGCCAGCACUCAAAUGACGUGAAUGGCGUACCGCACGCAGGCUAUUUUUAGACCGUGACGUCGCAUCGUAAAGCGGAAGUACAGCCGAAGUGGGACAUUAUAGACCCGCCCUCGCAUAGACCCAACGUAAUUAGUGCUACUUUUCUCCGAUAAUCUUUCAAAAACGAACAUGCCGAUCAUGCAUUGCUUUUUUGGAACUUGUAGAAACGACUCUAGACAUUACGACACGUGAAGGAUGUUUUCUUCAUACGUUUCCAAAAACUCUGGAGGAAAAAAUGUGAAGACCAAAUAAACUUGUGCAGACUUUUACACCAGCUCGGCGAAUCCAUUCACCUUUUAUAUGCAGUAAACAUUAUGUUGGGUUGGCAUGGUCUUUCAGAGGACAAAGAGGUGAGUCAUUUUUAUAUUUUUAACUUAUUUUUUUAGCUUAACGUUGUGCCGUACUGCUUCUGUCUGACAAUGAAUGACCUGAAAAAAAUUACAAUGGUAUCUGACUGCCACUGUUACCAUUUCUAUUAUAUAUUUAAAAAAAACUUUAGUAAGGGGGAAGUGUAAAUAAAUUAUAGGAUUAAGAUGUGUUAUCAAUGAAAAAUUAAAAGUGUUCGUUGGCUGUCAAUGAGUAGCAUUUGCGAUCGCUACACAAAGCUAACUAAAUUACCCCCAAGGAUGGUAAGAAACGUAGGACAACUAAAGGAUAUAUAAGAAAGACAGGGCUGAUGGUAAAGGAUAGCUUGUUGAAACAGGAGAAUGUCAUUGUCAGUCGCGUUGAUAAAAAAGCUAAAGCUAUGCUUAGGUUGGCUCGGUUUUUUUUUUUUUUUCGUCUUUUUCAGCCUUCAACACUAAAGCCAUCUCUUUAACUGAACAUUUAUAUCUUCUUCCACAUCUUUGCUAGUCAAUUUGGCACCAGGCACAUCAUUUUCGGAGAGAAUUGGUAGGUUUACCUCUGUAAACAUCUCCUUCGUACACGAUUUCCAUUCAUUUCCUAUUAGGGACAAACAAUUGCUUGUCCCUACUUAGCAACAGUAGCUAAUGUCAUGAAUAUUAAUGAGCGGAAGUGACGUGUUGCUUGCGGUACGCCAUUGCAAUGGAUGCACCAGUAAACAGGAAACUACGGCGUCAGUCAAGGGACAAAACACACUACAUGGCUUGAUUUAUAAAUUAAUUUAAAACUCGCCACUGACACCUUGUGGUGUAUUUAGUGUAUCUAGUUUAUUUUUUGAUUGAAAAUUUUACAAAUUUUUUAAAAAAAUAAAACAUUAAGAGGUGUUUUAAUAUAAAAUUACUAUAACUUGUACUAACAUUCAUCUUUUAAGAACUACAAGUCUUUCUUGUGGAUACCUUUAACAGAAAGAAUGUUAUUAAUGUUAAUGCCAUCUUGUGGAUUUAUUGUUACCAUAAGCAAAUACAGUACUUAUGUACAGUAUGUUGAAUGUAUUUAUCGGUCUUAUGUCUUAUCUUUCCAUUCCAACAAUAAUUUAUGGAAAAAUAUAGCAUAUUUUAGAGAUGGUUUGAAUUGCGAUGAAUUAAUUUUUAAGCUGUGAUUAACUAGAUUUAAAAAAAUUAAUCGUUUGACAGCCCGAGUUUUGGCACUUUUUCCUACUUAAUUGUUCAUUAUGUUAACCUCAAUUAAAACGCAAGCGUGGAAACUAGUCAAUAGUAAGCUUUGCCGUUCCAAUAGAGGGAGAGUGACAGAGGACAUGACCUCUGUGGCAACUCUGGCCCUGUUCCCCUUUGGCAAGGGGCCCCAUGCAUGCAUACAUACAUACAUGCAGCCCCCCUGUGACCCCUGCUGAGGGGCCACGAGUACCGCACUAGCACCUGUAUUCCAGUGCGCCUGCCUGUCCCGUUUUGGAAAAAAGUUGCAAUGCUUCUUCCGCUGUGUGUGUCUCAAGGGCAAAAAGGGAAAACGAGCUGGGCUACCACAACAAAUGAACACCGACUGCUCAGCUCUGCUGCUAAUUCAUUCUCCCCUCCUUUUUCUCCCCCCCGGACAAACCUCACUAGUUCUACGUCAGUUGGACAAGGCCGUUUGUUAUCAUUAAUGUCAUUUUUCAAGAGGAUUUAAGAGCGGCGACGUGCUCCGCGGGAGCCAAAUCAUGGAGACAGUGUGACCGAGCUCGGAGCGACAUAUGCGGCAGCGCCUUCGCUCUCCCUCCCGCCCCUUCCUCGUCAUGCGGUGGAUCUCCGCACGACCCAGCAUCCUCUUUAAUUGAUUUCAAAUCAUUUUUAGUCGCCCUUUAAGAAGGAUUCUACGAGGAACAGAAGACGACUAUUCGUAUAAAAGCUAAACUUUCCUCAAGUCUUUUUUUAUUCUAAUCACCAUUUUUGUCCCGGUAUGCCGGAGAUUGAGUGGAUUAAGAGAGGAAUAUCCAAAGGAACAUGAGAGUUGCACACCUCCGGAUGAAGAUGAAGAUGCCGCCGAGGGUGUCGUUACACGGCCGGGAAACUGGAGAGUGAACGCCGGCUUUGGUGCGUCUUUGCUCGGUCACGGAGGACACACGCACAUACAGAGAGAGACAGACAUUUGGAUACAAAUGAUCCAAAAUUAUCAUUAUUAUUAGUUGGCCGGCUCUAUACGACUCCCGUGCACACAAUGGGGAUUAUACUCCAAGUUAUUCUAGGAAUGUUUCAAUUCCUGCUGCUCACCACAAUCCCGACGUCCCACGCCAAGCUGGCUCACUGGCGGCCCACCGACUCGUCGAAAUCCAGAGAAGGUCGAGAAGUGCGCCGGUGGCUGGAAGUGUACUCCCGCAGCGGCUGCGAACCCCGAGAAACCUUGGUGGAGGUCUGGCGGGAGUUGCCGGAUGAGACGCACCAUCUUUUCGUACCAUCCUGCGUGGCGCUGAGGAGAUGCGGCGGCUGCUGCGCCGACGAGGCCAUGGAGUGCGUGCCCUCGCUCACGCACAUGCUCACCAUGGAGCUAAUGAGGACUUCCUUUAUGAAGCAUGAGCUCAUUGCGCUGACCUUUGUUGAACACAGCCAGUGUGAGUGCAGACUAAAAGAACAGCGCCCGCUGACGCCAACAAGGCCCUACCACGAGCCCACAAGAGUCAAGAAAAAGGGUCGAGGAAGGAAGACAGUCAGAAUUGCGACUCCUGUUCUUUCCUCUACACCCACCACUUCUCCUCCACCUCCUCCUCACCCAACGACCGCAAGGCCAUCUUGUCGGCCGUGCCGGGGCAGAAAGUGGACGCUAGAUGCGACAUCGUGUCGGUGUUCUUGCACACUCACUGCUGAGAGCUGCCAUCGAAAACACCGGCGACUUAACCAUCAUCGCUGCAGGUGUGACGCCGUGAAGACUUGACGCGUUUCCCCUCUUUCACUUCAUCCUCUCCACCUGAACCCGCCCAAAGGAAGUAUUAUUAGCACACAGCCUGUACUAGCGUUUUCUAGUUAAGCCACCACUGUAGCACUGUACAUGUAUCAUACGUGUGUGUGUGUGUAUGUGUGUGUCUCCACAUGUACAGUACAUUAUGUGCACAGACACGUCCAGUCACUAAACACCUCGCACGAGCGCACUGACCACGGCGCUGAUUUAUGAUUUAUGAACAAACAUUCCCAAGUGGACAUUGACUUUGCAGUUGUAUGCACACCAGCGGGAGUAUCAUGGAUGAAGUGGACCUCUUGAAACACAGAGACGGAUUUUUCCAGGUUCACGUCGAGGCCAGUGCUUGUGUGGAGGAUUAAAAAAAAAAAAACUGCAAUCAGAUAAAAGGUGCAAACACACUCAGACAUGCCGGACGGGACAUAGGAUACGCACAUGCAAUGGCACGGCCUGUGUGUGUAUGUGGACCUAUAAUGGUGCUGAAUGUAUCUGUGUGGUCUGGCUCUGAAAGACCCCAGAUGGGUUAUCCCCCCUAAAGCACAUGAGCACGGGCGAGCCUUUUGCCGCAUUUGUUUUAAUUUGGGCCCUUUUGUCCCUUGUCUUUUCCGUCGGAUUGAAAGCGGCCGCUUUUCGCCUCGCUUUUAGGCAGUGAGAAGAAUGACAAUAAUGAGGUCUGGCGUCUGUCCACUGCUUUGCACACAUACACGCACGCAUUCCCAGUUAAAGCAGCAGUGCAAAAAGCACACACACACACAAGCAAUGUGAAAUGAGAGCAGGUAGCCAUAUUUUUUUUUUCUUUUCUGUAUUUGCCGUGAACUAUUUUAAUACACAAGCCUCAAUUUAUAUACGUUAUUCCAAUUCUAUCACGUUUCUUGAAUGUCUUGUGUUCACACUUAAUCCGUCCGAAUAAAGAGUCACGCCGGGUGGGCCAAACGUGGAUACGUCUCACCAACGCAAAAUGGGAGUAUACGUUUGCUAUACAUUAUAAAGUGUUAAUCGUCCACACACAAAAAAAAACUGUGAAAGGAAAAGGCGAGAACGUGACUUGUUUGGGGGUUAGCAGACCACUGUUUAGGGAUGUUAAUUGGCAUAAAAAGAACGAAGGAGGCCUCAAAUGUAUUGUUAGUCAAUGUGACGGGCUAAAGCCGGGGGCGAAGUGAUUUCACACGUCAAAAUCCGGAGCCGUUAUUGACACAAGGGUAAAACAUCAGAGUCAUUAAAAAAUAUGAGGGGGGAAAAAAGCAUAAUUCAUGCAUGAAAGGGUUAAGGACCAAAAAAAUUGGCUCUGUCACAGAGACGAAACCGUUUUUAUUUACCGUAAUUUUCGGACAAUAAGCCGCUACUUUUUAUUCUUCAUUUUGAAUCCUGCGGCUUAUAGCCCAGUGCGGCUUAUUUGUUGAUUUGUUUGUGUUAACCCUUUGAUGCACAAGUUACUGGACCCUGCACUCUUCCAUAAGUGGGUCAAAAAGGACCCAUAUUAGAAACAAUAUGUUUUUAUGCCAUUUUGCUGAAGAAUAAUCACUUGUAUAUUAAUUAGUAUGAUAUUUAAGGCCACACAAGAAUGAUUUCAUGCUUGAAAUAUCUUUAUGAUUCAAUUAACAUUUUGGUGAGAAGAAAAAAAACAACAACAACAAAAAAACAGAACAGCAAUCGACUUCAUCCUUCCUUGUAUUUUAUCAUCAAUGAUGAAGAGCUCCCAUGCAUCUUUUUGGUGAGACAGCGGUGCUAAGCCCUUGUGGAGGCACUGACCAAUUUCUGAGGAUAUUGUGGCUCUGUGUUCUGCCCUGGGUGGGAGGUAAUUCUCUCUAGUAAGAGCCCUACCACCUCAUUCUGUUGGCAAUGAUUUUGACACUUUCUUCUUCAGAGGACACAUAAGUGGAAUCUUAUGAGUCAGAUUGAUCCUGUUCAGUUGGAUUUCCAGGUGGACAACUGCCACUGCCACCUGGACAAUAGUCUGGGUCCUCAUCAUCAGAAAUUUCGGACACUUGAGUCCAACCCUGUCACUGCCUCGCCAUCAUCCAACAUCUGUAGGACCAUUUCAGCUGUAACUCUAGCACAAAUCCGAUUUUUUCGUGUUUUUCUGACUCGACUGAACGGGAAAAGUCGCAUAAAAGUGGACCAUUUUCAAAUUCUCAUUCGUAUGUGGUUAACUUCCCCUCCGGGCCACAUUUUUCCAGAAUGUGGCUGCGGUACGAACUGUCAAGUCCCCAAAAUUGGAAUUCAUGCAGCAAUUAACAUCAGCAAAGAGCGAAAGAGACCGGGUGCUACGGUAGCGGUGCAGCUGUGCAUUAGCAUUAGCGCCUAGCUUGAACGCGGCUUUUGGGGAAGGAGCGGGCUUGACAACAGUCAUAAAAAAAUAAAAUGGGUUGAGAAUAAGCCUGACAAUGCUCAGUUUUCUCUCUGCUCCAAUGCUCCUGUGCAUGCGGGCCAGUUUGCUCAGCGCUCCUCGGACUGCGAAUUAGCGCGCAUGUGUGAUACUUGAACAGGCUCAAUGGACAAAGGCAGUCUGAACGGGUACGCCAAAAAAACAGAUAUGACAAAAAUCGGAAUUGUGCUUUAGGACCUGCGGUAUGAACCUAGCCUUAGUUAGCUAGCUAGUUAUGAAGUAUGUUAAUUUGUUGAUAAAUAAUAAUAGAGUCAUGAAAGACACACGCAAAAUACUAUAUGGACAUAAUACUUACAGUACACGUAUCAGCUUUUGCUGUGUAAAAUAAUCUUCUUAAGGGAUGUCACUUUUUACAUACCUAGUCCACGGUAAAUUUAUUCCUGACAGCCAAAGUUGAGAAGAAUGAAAGAUUCCCAUUGGAUUCCAUAGAAAAUGCAUGUGGGUCAUUUUUGACCCACUUGUGGAAGCUUAGGGUAGUAAUACAAAAAUGACAAUUUUUUUCAAAUGUAUGAAAACUUCAUCAAAAAUUUGAAUGGCAUUAUAUCAAAAACAUGUUUCUUGAGGAAUACCUGGAAUAUGAACUGAUAAAAAUUUUUCAUUCCGAAGAUAUUUCAAGAAAACAACCUCACCGGAUCAUUUUUGACCCACUUAUGCAUCUAAGGGUUAAUAGGUAACACUUUGUUUGACAGCCGCGUCAUAAGACUGUCAUAAAUAUGACAUGACACUAUCAUGGGGAUUAUUGAAUGCUUAUGACAGAUGCCAUUAAGUGUCAACUGGCAAAUUAUGUCACUAACUCCAUUUAUGUCCAGCUCGGAUCUUACAUCAUCCAUUCAAAAGUGAGUUAAGUUGCCGGAUAACACUAAAUGGCAUCUGUUAUAAACAUUAAUUAAUGCUCAUGACAGCGUCAUGUCAAAAUUAUGAUUGUUUAAUGACAGUCUUGUGGCGCCACUGUCAAAUAAAGUGUUACCAAAUACCAUAACUAGCAAUUAAUGAAACAACUGGAACAAUAACUGAAGAAAUAAUUAGCACAUAACAUGACUUUUGAUUGUUAUUUAUAUCUGUAGCACUGCAGUGCAUGCUAGGAAGCAUGUUUGACGACAACAGUGUUGACAGCAGGUGGCUGCAGAGGUUGACUGUCUCCCCCAAGGGACAAGUGAUGGCCAAAUAAAGCUUCUUGAAGCAAUGAAGCUUUGCAGACAAUUGGUUCAAAGCUUCAUGGUGGUUCAUUUGGUCUUAUGACAGUUGUAUGAUGCCGCUGUCCAAUAAACUGUUACCGGUUAAUAUCUUUUGUUGUGAAUAUUCCAUAAUACAGGGAGGACAGUUGCGGCUUAUUGUCCGGUGUGGCUUAUCUAUGAACAAAUGCUGUUUUUCUGUCAAAUUUGGUGGGUGGCGCCUUAUAAUCCAAAAAUUACGGUAGUUUUUUGGAAGCAUUGAAAGGCCUUCCUCAGUUUUCGUGUGCACUCCACCAUAUAUGAAUGAAAAAAACUACGCUGUAUAAUAAUUUGCAUAUUUAAAACUCUUAUGUUCAAGUGAAUAUGUCAAUCAAUGAGAUCACUACCUCUUUGUCACAAGACAUUCAUGAACGAGUAUUACAAGAUUGUUGUUCCAUGUAUCUGCUAUCUUUUUCUGAGGUGUUUCUGACAUACUUUUUAGCAAUAACUACAUGGUGUUCAGAAAUGUCUGCUCAGUGGAAUUUUUUUCUUAAGUGAGAGGACUUGUUUUUUAUUGUGGUCACAAUAUAGAAAUAAUAUGAACACGCAGUGCUAAAUUUGUGGCCAAAACUACUCGUUUUUGAGUCAAAUAAGUGCAUGAAAUAUUAUUUUUUAAGGAUAUUGCUAUAAAAUUGCUGUGUGAUUAUUUGACGCAGGUUGUUUUUUGAGGAGCUCAACAUCUUCCAUAUUCAAUUCAUUAAUUUUACAAAUAUUUGAGAUGUUUGUGCCCUGAAUCGCCAGAAUGAGACACAACUUUUAUCCUUGCUUUAUUUUAACUAUAGCAUCUUAGACACUACACUUUUAUAUACCUUACACUUUUGUAUAAAAAAAAUCUUAAGUCAUUAAAAAGUUUUAGCUGUAUUUUCCCCAUUUUUUUUUUCCCUAUACAGUUUGACAUCCGUUCAUCCAGAUUGCUUUGUUGCAAAAAGCACAUACAAUACAGCAAAUGCUAUCCUUGCAGAAAAACCACACACAACAAAAACAUUCCAGUGAAAGCAGAUGAGGUGCCGAGCUCUCAGGAAAGCUAGCGGGGGUCAGGGCAUUACGAGGUCUGGAUGCUACUAAUUCAUGUUUAUAAAUGUUUUUUAAUACUAAAUCCAAGCAGGAAAGAAUGCUUUAGACAUCCAAGCAACACAAUAGCUUCAUCGAAUCUAAUAAUGUCUGUAUUUCUGUGCUUUGUAUCUGCACAUUUGACUGUAAAGAUCCUUAUGUCAUAUGUAGUGACAAGUAUUACUAAAAGUAUAUGACGUCUUAUAACCUCGUGUCAGUGACAUAGUGCAUUCUUUAGAGCAGGGGUUCUCAAACUUUUCUGGUCCGGGGAACUCUGAAGGGCUCCCUCUCCCAUAAUCAUAACACCAAUUGGACAUAGCUAACUUUAACAUGACUGAUUAAAUAUAAAGAGGUUAGAUAUUGGCAUUUAAAGUGCCUAUGACACACAAAAAAAGCAUGUUUAUUUCAUAUGACACGCGGUAUUUUGAGCUCCUGAAUGAAAUGGACCACUUGGAUGUGUGCAGAAGCAGAGGCGUUGCGUCCCAUUAGGCAAACCAGGCAAUUGCCUAGGGCCCCCAGCCAGCAGGGGGCCCCAGAGGGCCAACAGAUUUAGCACAUCCAGUUUUACUGCACUGUCGCAGUGGCAAGUGCAACAGUGCCAGUGAAAGCCUUGUCUCUGAGUUCGCUGAAGGGAACUCCCUACACUCCCCCCCGCCUCCCUCACGUGACUCAGAGUGAGAGUGAGCAGCCAUUUGGCUUUUUUUUAUAGGUGUAUAUCCAAAAUGAAGAGAAGAUAUCCUUCUGGAAGCGAUUAAAAAAAAGAAAAAAAAGCAGAAGAGGAGAAAAGGAAGCAAGACAGCGGUGAGUGUACUAUGUUACUGUAGUUUUAUGUCCUAAUGUAGUAGAAGCCGGGCGUUUUGAGUGUCCUAAAAAGCGCUCUAUGAGACUGAGGCGUUAUUAUACUUUCAUUAAAUACGCUAUUGCUCCAAGUCCAACUGUCCCCCUUACUUGCACAGGCUCGAAGGGCCCCAUGUUGCUUGUUGCCUGGGGCCCCCGGGGACCAUUGCUACGCCUCUGUGCAGAAGCGAUCGAUAUAUUUAUUCAAUUUUCUUUAAUCCCGCGCUACGAAAAUGAGAGACUUCCAGCCACGGUCUUCUCACAAUGAGGAAAAAGGCUGUGGAUGUGACAUUAACGGGUGACAUCAUCUUCACUAUACAGCCAUGCUAUUGUAUGGCAAAGGACUGCGUAUUCAGCUGAUUUUGCGGAUUAAUUCGUUUAUUUUUGCGUCACGCCAGCCCAAUGUGCUUCUGGCUUUUGUUGCUACACCAGGGAGAGUGGUGUGAGUCUUUGUGGGUUUCGAAAAGAUCCUGUUCACCAUGAAGAGUGGGCAAAACAAGUCUGACAACCGAUGUAGGCGGGAGCGCCCGUGCUCGGGUUGACACGUGCUCUCAUCUCCGGUUCUCCAUUGUGUCGAGACUUCCACCCCUAUCGGCCAUCUUCACGUGCCCGCCUAGAAAACGCUUUACUCAGCUUGGACUCGGGCAGCCACGCGCUCCAACUUCAGCCGGUUUGUCCACCAAGAAUACACCAUUUUUGGCGUUCAUUCCCCUGCUACGUCCCUUGCGACGAGCACUGCCUGCCCGCCGGCGCUGCUGCAGGGGAACGAUGAGCCGAAACUUGGUCGCCGCCGGGGGCUGGCCGAUCGGUGAAGGCAAUGACCCCUGCUGCCGUGUGUGACAUGAGUCAGGGUAGUUUUGUGGGGUUUUUCAUGUUCGAAAGGCGAGGAAGAGACUUGCAAGAGCCCCUCGGUUCGGGUUAGCAUGUAGCGUAGCUGUUAGUCUCCGAGUCCCCGCAGGGAAAUGACAAGGGCCGGACUAACUCCGGUGGCAUAAAAUACCAUUCGGGAGGUUUAAGAAGACUGCAGUUUUGACCAAUAAUGCAAUAAUUUAGCCCUGUCAUACUGAAUAAAUGCAUUUUUGAUAUUUCAUAUUCCAUUUAGCACAAGACUAUUAUAUGUCAUGCCAUACAAUUUAUUUAGCAAUUGGGGAAAAAUACUUGGAUACAAAGAAUAUCGUGUAAAAAUAUUGGAGUAGAGAGGUAAAAACAAUGAUGAUCUUUUGUAGUCUGCUCUCUGUUACCUUUUUCUCAUUCUGAAUCUUCCUCUUCCAAAUACGACUCAAACAUACAGUAUAUGACUGUACGUCACAUACUUCCUCUGGAUAAACAACAUUGUUCGAAAAAUCCACACCUGAACCAGAAUCGCUGUAAAACGCUUCCUCCUCCAUUGGGCUCAAUGCUAAAUCCGCUGAAAUAGCUCAUUCUCUGAUGUCAUCACCCAGAUGGAGGCGCCAGAGUGCUAUAAUGAAAGGGGGAGCUAAAUUGCAGAUUUAAAGACUCAUUUCUCGUCAUCUGCGCUUUGCGAAAUUGUUGUGUAUAGUCAAAUCGUCUCAAAAUAAGAUUUCAAUUCCAAUAAUAAUGCUAUUUAAGAUUUUUUAAUGGUGUCACAUGCACUUUAAAGUGGUAUGAAAAGCGCUUUACAAAUAAAGCGCGAUAAAAAUAUAAUGCUAUAAGAAAUGAAAAGUUGCCCAUAGUGAAAUUUUUACCUAAAGCAAAAACAUGUAUAUAAUUGUGUUUUACACUGAUACCAUUUUUUAUCUCCUGAUAACGGUUCUGACACUCGGCUGUUUGUGUACAGUGAUCCCUCGUUUUUCAUGGUUAAUGGGGACGUCACCCCCAGAAAUUGAAAAAUCCGCUGCUUAGAGGCAGAGCUUAUUUCAAUUAAAAAAUAUAUAUAGUUUUUGGGGAGAGUGUGUUCAAUUCCUUCAGAUUUAAUAGCAUUGGAAAGAGAUACAUAUAAGACAUGUUUUUUUCAAUUUUUUCCCAAACUGUAAUUAAAAAAAAAACAAACAAAAAAACAAACAAACAAAUCCCUUAUAUGUUUAUGUAUGUUUUAAUGAAUGGUUUUUAAGCACUGCAAAUGUAAUAAUUAUGAUAUGAGAUAUUUAUAAAAGAAAACAAUAAUUUGUACAUAUUUACAUGCAUAUAGCUGAACAUUUUUAAAUAAAAUACUUUUUUUUUUUUUUAAAUGGGAAAAUAAAAAUCUGCGAUGGACUUAGGGCGCAAAGUUUGAAGCAUAUUGAAGAAUAUUCUAUGUGUUUCUAAUAACUAGGGCUGUCAAACGAUUAAAAUUUUUAAUCGAGUUAAUUACAGUUUAAAAAUUAAUUAAUCGUAAUUAAUCGCAAUUCAAACCAUCUAUAAAAUAUGCCAUAUUUUUCUGUAAAUUAUCGUUGGAAUGGAAAAAUAAGACACAAGAUGGAUAUAUGCAAGUACUGUAUUUGUUUAUUAUAACAAUAAAUCAACAAGAUGGCAUUAACAUUAUUAACAUUCUGUUAAAGCGAUCCAUGGAUAGAAAGACUUGUAGUUCUUAAAAGAUAAAUGUUAGUACAAAUUUUAUAUUAGAACCCCUCUUAAUGUUUUCGUUUUAAUAAAAUUUGUAAAAUUUUCAAAAAAAUUCAAAAAAUAAACUAGUAGCCCGCCAUUCUUGAUGUCAAUAAUUACACAAUGCUCAUGGGUGCUUCAGCCCAUAAAAUCAGUCGCACCGAAGCGCCAGCAGAGGGCGACAAAACUCCAAAAAACACAAGUAACAAGUUGGCAUUGCACUGUGCUGUCAUUUUAAUGUGUUUGAGCGGGGCAUGUGCGUUAAUUGCGUCAAAUAUUUUAACGUGAUUAAUUUAAAAAAUUAAUUAUCGCCCGUUAACGCGCUAAUUUUGACAGCCCUACUAAUAACAUAUUUUAGUAAAAGAGAGCAAUUAUGGCUUAUUAGAGCCUACAAGUCUUAAAGUCCGAGGUUCCCUUUAACUAUUGUUGCUGUUGUCUUAAGUGUCUCAUUGGUUUUGUGUUUUUUUUUGUUUUUUGUUUUUUUCAAAUUAAUUGCUUUUUGUUUAUUGCUAUUUGUUUUAUUUUCUGCUGGCAAAUGUCCAAAAUGAAGCAUAAUUUCAUAUGUAAUGCCCUUUCACUAAUGAUACGUGAAAUAUUUUGUGACCCUUAACGAAAGUUCGCAGACCCUUGAAGGUCCUCGCAACCCCAGUUUGAGAACCACUGCCUUAGACAAAUGUGUUGUGAUCGCCGCUGCAGAUACAUUGUACUCAUGUAGCCUCUACAACCCUUUUUUGCUGCUACACCAUUUGUGCCCUUUAAUGACGUCCUCGUAGAAGAACAAUACAGGUUUAUGUUGUACUCGUCGAAAUAAUCAACUUUGUGUCCACAACACUUACGAGUGUACAGUAAACUGCAUUCAAUGUAUUGGAAGUGAUACAACCAUCAUGUUACAGAUGUUAUUAAAGGAAACGUCUUAUUUUUCAUACAGAGUUGUGGUGUUUGUCUCGUUUUACAGUAAUGGUAGGCAAACAGGAUUAUUUUCAUGACGCAGCCACCCUGGGGUUUGGUGACAGAAGUGAGUAUGCGUGUCUGUUUUGAGACACAAUAUUGUUCCCUCGCCUGCUCUUAUCGGUUCUGCUGAGUCAGAAUCAGCUCGAGGACAAACUCACUGUCAAUGUGGACAUAAGCGAAAUAGUCUAACUUCAUUUUUUUGUAUGUACAUGAGCUAUGUUAUUUUGUACUUGCUUAUUUUCUUUUACUGAUUGUUUAGAAUUCAGUGGUUGCUAAUCUAUCACAGGGCAGAUAGUUUCAUGAAAAAGUAUUGCCCUCUUUUCAGAUAACAAAGAUAAAAAAUAACCCAAGUAAACAUGCAAUGCUGUUUUUAAAUGUUUUUUAUAUAUAAUUAAGGGAAACAAAAAAAAUAUCUGAAGAUCUACUUUUAUGCUCUUGAUCUUGGUCUCAUCUGACCAAAGCACACGGUCCCAGGCUUCAACUGGGACCGUGUGUAUUUUUGUGUGAGACCAAGAUUGAGCUUUUUGGCAACAAACACUCUAAUACCCUUUUCCCACUGGCCAAAAAAAUCCGUGUCAACCCGCUAACAAUCGGCUUUUGGUGGCAGUGGGAAAGGUGCAUCGACCCGCCUCAACCCGUGUCAAUCAACCCGCCUAGCGACCCACGUUAAAAUCACCUCGGCUCUGAUCGCCAUGCAGUGUGAAAGCAAAACCCCGGGUCAACAGUCAACACCCUAAUCUACGUAGUGACGUAGGCUAGUACGUGAUGCGUCAUAACAAAAAACAAAAACCAUGUGCUCUAGCCCGGAUCCACAUACGGCGAACAGUCGGUGUAGCAGCGUUAGCACUAGCCUUAACAGACGAAACAAAGGCUCUUCUCCUCCUCCUAUGACGUACACGACUCCUUUCAAUUUCAAACCAAAAUUUACGUCGCCUACGUUGCCUCAGCACAAGCACAGUGUUGAUCCUUUGCUGCAUUUCGACCAUUUUGCGGGCAGUAAAACGCAUGAAAACAGAGAACACAAACGGAAAGGAGGCUUCCAUGUUGCUUUGCAUUGUUAACUUCCUUGAACUGAAUGAAUUCGGUCGCACUUGUCGAAGCGCAUCUUAGCGUGGUGACGUCACGCACCUUACGCACGGCUGAGGAGGGGUGGGGGUUAGACGGGUGAAAAAAAAAAAAAAAAAAAUGACAUGGCUUUUUUCGUUAAUGGGAAAGGUGCCAAAUGCCAAUUGCUAGUGGGAUGCAUCAGCUUGGAAAAACGUGCGUUGAGCCACUAGUUUCAGUGGGAAAGGGGUAUAAGUGGGUCUGGCGUGCCACGAAAGAUGCGCAUGCUGAAAAGCACCUCAUACCCACUGUGAGUAUGGGGGUGGGUCAGUGAUGCUGUGGGGCUGUUUCGCUUCCAAAGGCCCUGGGAACUUUGUUAGGGUGCAUGGGAUCAUGAAUGCCUCGAAAUACCAGGACAUUUUAAAUCAAAAUCUGUUGCCCUCUGCCUGAAAGCUGAAGAUGGGUCGUCACUGGGUCUUUCAGCAAGACAAUGACCCUAAACAUAUGGCCAAAUCUACACAGAAAUGGUUCACCAGACACAAAAUCAAGCUCCUCCCAUGGCCAUCUCAGUCCCCAGACAUUGUUUUGUUGGCAAAAGGGGGUUGUACGAAGUAUUAACACCAGGGGUGCUAAUAAUUGUGACACACAUUAUUUUAUGUCAAAUAUUUUUUUUCUUUAUGUGGGAUUUUUUCCCCACUGAAUGAAUGCACUCGUAUUGAAGGUUGGAUUUUUCUCCUUUUUUUCCAUUAAGGUCCCAUAUUAUUUGAAUAAAAAAAAUAUUAGAAGCUGAAAAACACAUUUUGUUCAGGGGUGCCAAGAAUUAUGGAGGGCACUGUAUUUGGUUUAAUGAGUAAAACAACGUCAAUUUUUGGUUUUUACCUGCAAUUAAAUCACUUUCUUUUUGAGAGAUAUAGAAAAACAAGAACAGACAUUGAUAUGUAAACAUUUCUUAAUAAAGAACUGAAUACAUAAUGGGGUGUCCUAAUUUUUUCACAUGACUGUAGGUCAUGAGGCACCCAUCUUCCAAAAUGUUCAACUUUCCUCUCGCCAGUCUAUCGAACAUUUUCACAAAAGUCUUGGGAAUCACCUAGAUAUUUUUUUGAUAUGAUUAUCUGUUUAGUCAGUUGUGGUGUUGUCCUUGGAACUCUCAUUUAUUGAAAACAUUCUAACUUAAAGUCUACAUUUCAACCAGAGAUGUCCCAAUCGAUUGGCAUCCCGAUUGAUCGGGCCCAAUCACGUCAUUUUCAAAGUAUCGGAAUUGGCAAAAAAAUAUCGGACAUGCCUUUUUUUAAUAUAUAAUGUAUAUUUUGAUUAAAUCAUUUUCUAAUUGUAUUUAACGUUACAGACAUAAUGUGUUACACUCUUCCAGAGUCUUUAGUUUAAGCUUAAGGUAGGGUUAUCAAAUUUAUCGCGUUAACGGCGAGAAUUAAUAUUUUUUACAUUUAUCACGUUACAAUAUUUAACGCAAUUAACGCAUGCGCUGCACGAUCUACUCACGCAUUGUCGCGUUCAAUCUAUAAUGGCGGCGUUUUACCCAUACAGUAUUUAGAGCUAAAAGGCAGCGUAGAAUGAGUAGAGUGAAUAUUGGCAGCCUUUGGAGCCUUUUUUUAAAUGGCUAAACCCUUACAAUCACUCUCCCAACGAUUAGAAAUAUUGUGGGAAGCAAUGUGGGGUAAAAGGUAAUAAUUGAUCUUUUUCUUAACACCCUAUGUUAUUUCCCAACGCAGAGAAGAUAUAUCAAUUGGUACCACGACACACAGUCAUGGUUGCACUUCCCAUCAUGCAUUUGAGCAGAACAGUUAAAUGGCUACAGUAUCAUUUACUGAAAGCUCACACUAGAUGGCAAUAUUUAGUCACAAUAUACAAAGUGACAUUUAUCCUUUAAGAAUUACAAGUCUUUCUAUCCGUGGAUCCCUCUCACAGAAAGAAUGUUAAAAAUGUAAAUUCCAUUUUGAGGAUUUAUAGUCAUAAUAAACAAAUACAGUACUUAUGUACUGUAUGUUGAAUGUAUAUAUUUGUCUUUUUAUUCAUUUUUUUCUUAAUGCAUUGCCAAAAUGUAUAUGAUCGGGAAAAAUUAUCAGGAAUGAUUGGAAUUGAAUCGGGAGCAAAAAAAAAAAAAAAGCAAUCGGAUCGGGAAAUAUCGGGAACGGCAGAUACUCAAACUAAAACGAUCGGGAUCGGAUCGGGAGCAAAAAAACGUGAUCGGAACAACCCUAAUUUCAACAAUUUACUCAAUUCCCUAGUAUUUCAGCUCUCCCGCAUUCUGUGAUUUCUGCAGAAAUUUCAUUGUCAAGUUCAUACAUAUGUUUAUUAUUGUGGUUGUAGCUACAAUGAGAUAUUUUGGUUACCUUAUCUAAGCGAGUCAGGCCUCAGAUGUACGAUGAAGUGCAAACUACACCCCAGCUGUUAAUAAAACUGAUAAGCACAAUGAUGUUCUUAUUAUUCUUAAUUUUGAAGUAGGCAAUUGAUGUAGGAGCGAGGAGAGAAGCACUUCUGCCAACCUAUCUGUCUGUCUGCAUAGAAGGGCAUCAUUCCAUGACUAUAUAUAGCUGCUAGAUGAGGGAGACUGAGAGUGAAAGGGACAGUGAGCCAUGCGUCACUGUAGAGAAAAAUAGAGGUCUCCAAAUGUUCUCUUUUAACAGACUU